CCUUCUUAGGAAAGGUGGGGUGGAUGUUUUCUGACGGACUGUGUACGGGUGCCGGAUGGGCUUUUGCGGAAGUCCAUGCGCCAUUGGGAGGACCGCGGCCGCAGCUCUGUGCCCUUGUUUCGGAGCACCUCUCUCUGGGUCAUUCCUGGAGCAGGAGCGGGACUGGGGCUGAGAACAGGGCUCCCGCGUGGCCGCCCCGGCGCCUGUGCGACCUUCCCACUACUGGGAUGUGGCGACUACGCCGGACCGCAGUGGCCUGUGAGGUCUGCCAAUCCAUAGUGAAACGUAGCUCUGGAAUCAAAGGAAGUUUACCACUACCGAAACUGCACUUGGUGUCACGAAGUAUUUAUCAUUUGCAUCAUCCUACCUUAAAGCUUCAAAGACCUCAAUUAAGGGCAUCAUUUCAGCUGUUCUCUUCUAUAACUAACCUUCCUUUACGCAAAUUGAAGCUUUCUCCAACAAAAUAUGGCUACCAGCCCCGCAGGAAUUUUUGGCCAGCAAGGUUAGCUGCAAGACUCUUAAAACUUCGAUAUCUCAUAUUAGGAUCUGCUGUUGGGGGUGGCUAUACAGCCAAAAAGACUUUUGAUCAGUGGAAAGAUAUGAUACCUGACCUUAGUGAAUAUAAAUGGAUUGUUCCAGACAUUGUGUGGGAGAUUGACGACUAUAUAGAUUUUGAGAAAAUUAGAAAAGCCCUUCCUAAUUCAGAAGACUUUGCAAAGUUGGCACCAGACUUUGACAAGAUUGUUGAGAGCCUCAGUUUACUGAAGGACUUUUUUACCACAGGUCACAAAUUGGUUAGUGAAAUCAUAGGAGCUUCUGACCUACUACUCUUGUUAGGUUCACCGGGAGAAACAGCAUUUAGAGCAACAGAUCAUGGAGCUGAAAGUGACAAGCUCUAUAGAAAGGGUCUGCUUGGUGAGCUCAUUCUCUUACAACAGCAAAUUCAAGAGCAUGAAGAGGAAGCACGCAGAGCCGCUGGCCAAUAUAACACGAGCUAUGCCCAACAGAAGCGAAAGGUAUCAGACAAAGAGAAAAUUGAUCAACUUCAAGAAGAACUUCUACAUACUCAGUUAAAGUACCAGAGAAUCUUGGAACGGUUAGAAAAGGAGAACAAAGAAUUGAGAAAAUUGGUAUUACAAAAAGAUGACAAAGGUAUCCAUCAUAGAAAGCUCAAGAAAUCUUUGAUCGACAUGUAUUCUGAAGUUCUUGAUGUUCUGUCUGAUUAUGAUGCCAGUUAUAAUACACAAGAUCAUCUGCCACGAGUUGUUGUGGUUGGCGAUCAGAGUGCUGGAAAAACUAGCGUAUUGGAAAUGAUUGCCCAAGCACGAAUAUUCCCUCGAGGCUCUGGGGAGAUGAUGACACGCUCUCCAGUUAAGGUAACUCUCAGUGAAGGUCCUCACCACGUGGCCUUGUUUAAAGAUAGUUCUCGGGAGUUUGAUCUAACCAAAGAAGAAGAUCUUGCAGCAUUGAGACAUGAAAUAGAAAUCCGAAUGAGGAAAAAUGUGAAAGAAGGCUGUACCGUUAGUCCUGAGACCAUUUCCUUAAAUGUAAAAGGGCCUGGACUACAGAGGAUGGUGCUUGUUGAUUUACCUGGUGUGAUUAAUACCGUGACAUCAGGCAUGGCUCCUGACACGAAGGAAACUAUUUUCAGUAUCAGCAAAGCUUAUAUGCAGAAUCCUAAUGCCAUCAUAUUAUGUAUUCAAGACGGCUCUGUGGAUGCUGAACGCAGCAUUGUUACAGACUUAGUCAGUCAGAUGGAUCCUCAUGGAAGAAGAACAAUAUUUGUUUUAACCAAAGUAGACCUGGCGGAGAAAAAUGUGGCUAGUCCAAGCAGGAUUCAACAGAUAAUUGAAGGAAAGCUCUUCCCAAUGAAAGCUCUGGGUUAUUUUGCUGUUGUUACAGGGAAAGGAAAUAGUUCUGAAAGCAUUGAAGCUAUAAGAGAAUAUGAAGAAGAAUUUUUCCAGAAUUCAAAACUAUUAAAGACAAGCAUGCUAAAGGCGCACCAGGUAACUACAAGGAAUUUAAGCCUUGCUGUAUCAGACUGCUUUUGGAAAAUGGUACGAGAAUCAGUUGAACAGCAGGCUGAUAGUUUCAAAGCAACACGUUUUAACCUUGAAACUGAGUGGAAGAAUAACUACCCUCGCCUGCGAGAGCUUGACAGGAAUGAACUAUUUGAAAAAGCUAAAAAUGAAAUCCUCGAUGAAGUUAUCAGUCUAAGCCAGGUUACACCAAAACAUUGGGAGGAAAUCCUUCAGCAGUCCUUGUGGGAAAGAGUAUCAACUCAUGUGAUUGAAAAUAUCUAUCUUCCUGCUGCACAGACUAUGAAUUCAGGAACGUUUAAUACUACAGUGGAUAUCAAGCUUAAGCAAUGGACUGACAAGCAGCUUCCUAAUAAAGCAGUAGAGGUUGCUUGGGAGACCCUACAAGAAGAAUUUUCCCGUUUCAUGACGGAACCAAAAGGAAAAGAGCAUGAUGAUAUAUUUGACAAACUUAAAGAGGCUGUUAAAGAAGAAAGUAUUAAACGCCACAAGUGGAAUGACUUUGCAGAAGACAGCUUGAGAGUUAUUCAACACAAUGCUUUAGAAGACCGGUCCAUAUCUGAUAAGCAGCAGUGGGAUGCAGCUAUUUAUUUUAUGGAAGAGGCUCUUCAAGCUCGUCUCAAAGAUACUGAAAGUGCAAUUGAAAACAUGAUAGGCCCAGACUGGAAAAAAAGGUGGUUAUACUGGAAGAAUCGGACCCAAGAACAGUGUGUUCACAAUGAAACCAAGAACGAGCUGGAGAAGAUGUUGAAAUGUAAUGAAGAGCAUCCAGCUUACCUUGCCAGUGAUGAGAUAACCACAGUCCGAAAGAACCUGGAAUCCCGAGGAGUAGACGUAGACCCAAGCUUGAUUAAGGAUACUUGGCACCAAGUUUAUAGAAGACAUUUCUUAAAAACAGCUCUAAAUCAUUGUAACCUUUGUCGAAGAGGCUUUUAUUACUACCAAAGGCAUUUUAUAGAUUCUGAGUUGGAAUGCAACGAUGUGGUCUUAUUUUGGCGAAUACAACGCAUGCUUGCUAUCACUGCAAAUACAUUAAGGCAGCAACUUACAAAUACUGAAGUCAGACGAUUGGAGAAAAAUGUAAAAGAAGUAUUGGAAGAUUUUGCUGAAGAUGGUGAAAAGAAGGUUAAAUUGCUUACCGGUAAACGAGUUCAACUGGCUGAAGACCUCAAAAAAGUUAGAGAAAUUCAAGAAAAACUUGAUGCUUUCAUUGAAGCCCUUCAUCAGGAGAAAUGAAUU